UAUACACUAUAUUGCCAAAAGUAUUGGCCCCGCCCUCCAAAUCAUGUGAUUCAGGUGUUCCAAUCCCCUCCAUGGACACAGGUGUAUACAAUCAAGCCCCUAGGCAUGCAGACUGCUUCUACAAACAUUGGUGAAAGAAUGGGUCGCUCUCAGGAGCUCAGUGACUCCAAGCGUGGUCCCGUGAUAGGUGGCCACCUGGGCAAUAAGUCCAUCCGUGACAUUUCCUGGCUACUAAAUAUUCCACGCUCAACUGUUAGUGGGAUUAUAACAAAGUGGAAGCAACUGGGAACAACAGCCACUCAGCCACCAAGUGGUAGGCCACGUCACAUGACAGGGCGGGGUCAGCGCAUGCUGAAGCGCACAGUGCGCAGAAGUCACCAACUAUCUGCAGAGUCAAUAGCUAAAGACCUCCAAACUUGGUGUGGCCUUCAGAUGAGCCCAACAACAGUGCGUAGAGAGCUUCAUGGAAUGGGUUUCCAUGGCCGAGCAGCUGCAUCCAAGCCUUCCAUCACCAAGUGCAAUGCAAAGCGUCGGAUGCCGUGGUGUAAAGCACGCCGCCACUGGACUCUA